AUGGCAAGCAGCAACUCCCACGCCAAUGACCGCAGCAACCUCACCAGCCGCGUCCUCCCAGAAAUGACCCUCUCGCCAGGCCGCGACGCCGCCCUCGACGCCCGCAUCGACUCUCUCCACCCCGCGGCCCGCGACUCGGUCGCCGGCCGCUUCAGCAUCGUCGGCAACGCCAUCGUCACGGGCGGCACCGGGGCCAUUGGCACCGUCGUGUCGAGGGCGAUGCUCCAGCACGGCCUGUCCGGGCUGAUGCUGUUCGAUCUCAACGUGGGCGCAUCGCGGGAUGCUGUGCAGGCGCUGCGGCGGGAAUUCCCCGCGGCGAAAAUCACGGCUCUGGAGGUGGAUGUCACAGACGAAGAGGCUGUUGCCGCAGCUGUUGCGGAGACAGUCCAGCUACUAGGCUCGGUGGACAUGUUGGUGUGUCUUGCAGGCAUCGUGGGAUGCGCUCACGCACUGGACAUGCCCAUCAGCCAGUGGCGCAAGAUCCUCGACAUCAACACCACGGGGGCUUUCAUCUGCGCACAGGCCGCAGCACGACAAAUGGUCGCUCAGGGCAAUGGCGGACGCAUCAUCUUCACAGCAUCGAUAUCAGCGCACAGAGUCAACUUUCCCCAGCCGCAGGUUGCGUACAACGUGAGUAAAGGGGCGCUACUAAUGCUCAAGAAUUCGCUGGCGGCGGAGUGGGCAAAGUACGGCAUCACGGUGAACAGCAUCAGUCCAGGGUACAUGGACACGGUGCUGAAUGAGGGCGAAGGGUUGGCUGCGGCGAGGAAGAUUUGGAGCGAGAGGAAUCCGGCGGGGAGGAUGGGAGUGCCGGAGGAGUUGGCUGGGGUGGUGGUGAUGAUGCUGAGCAGGGCUGGGAGUUAUAUGAAUGGGGCGGAUGUUGUUGUGGAUGGAGGAGGACAUGUGUUUUGA